UUGACACCGUCACGCUGGGUCGGGUGGCUCGCAACAAGGAAGAGGGUGUUACUAUUUGCGGUCGACAUCUGGUCUCAAGUCGCGAUAAGCAUACGUUUGCUCGCUGUCGAUCUCGCGGAGGCUUUGGCGAGGAUGAGGGAGGGGAACCAUAGGAAGGGGAAUGGCUGUAGCGUUUUGGGGCUCUGCGUAAGGUUGCAGUCUCGCACUUGCAGAGGGGAUUCUUGGAACAACGAUAGCGAGGUAUUCGUGGGAUCCGAACAGGUAUCUGUAGGCUGGACAAGGCAGAGGGGGAGAAGCAGGGGCUCUGCGGGUACGCGAGGCAUACAUUCGCGGCAUAUGCCCAAUUGA